CAAUGUGUAGAACUCUGUGUACACGAGAUAGGGAACAGAUCUUCCUAGUGCCAGUUCUGUGUUAACUCACUUCUAACGCUAGUUUAUACGCGUAGUAUUGCAGACUAGGUCACCGCAGCCUUACGUCCUUCAUCAGCUCUUCUAAAACAAUAAAAAUAAAAAUAAAGCGGAGGUUUCCUACCACGACGCAGAUUAGCCUUUCAUUUUACCUCUAAAUACUGCAAUAUACUGUUUCUUUUAUGACAUAGUGUCACACCUACUCUUUAAAUAUGAGCAAACGGGCGAAGCGCAAAGCAAAGGAGAUAACGAUGUCCUCUGCCGGCUCUCAGAGCAUUCAGUUCUACAAUAAAGAAGGGAAUAUGUGCGAAAAUACCUCUUUAGAUGACCUGCGAGCUCAAAAUAGUGAGCUUUGCAGUCGUUGCAACGGAAUCGAUAUGGACAACGCAUUAAAGGUUACGAAUGAUCAGAGUAGCCGCUUCAUCAUGCCUCUUGGAAAUAUCUCUGAGGAUAUGAAGUAUUCUCUAUGCCCACUUUGUCGCCUAUUUUCUUUUACAUUUGUCCCACUGGAGACUAAGCGAUACCCUACUCUGAGAGGCCAUCACCUACGAGUGUUUAUGGUUGAUUCAACAGAUAUCAAUACGAUUAACUUUAGAGGACACGGAGUAGCUCUUGGAGUUUGCCAAGGAAUUUUGGAAAAGAAGAUAGCGGCUAAAGAACGACUGAGAUGCCUUGCCAAGGGGUUUAUUGCUCCCGUCUUCCCUCGGAAUCCACACCCGAGUGCGCUUCAGCUGCAACUGGUUUCUAGAGGAAAAGUUGAUUUUCAACAAAUGCAAGCUUGGCUUCAGAAAUGUCAAGAUAAUCAUUCUGGAAUUUGCGGACGAAAGACUGGCUCUCGUCCUAUUGGUUUUAAAUGCAUUGAUAUCAACACCAGGUUGACUUGCUAUAUUAAGUCAGACGAUGAGUAUUAUGCACUUAGUUACGUUUGGGCCACUUCAAACACAGGCACUAGUGCUAAAGGUGUGACCGAUGAUGCUAGCGCACUGCCACUCUCCGGUGUGCCUCAAGUUAUUGAAGAUGCUAUAGCUGUGGUGCGAGGUCUUGGAGGACAGUAUUUAUGGGUUGAUAAGUAUUGCAUUAAUCAAAAGGAUCAAGAUCAAAAGCAAACUCAGAUUAACGCCAUGGAUAAGAUUUAUGAGGGUGCUAUAGCAACAAUUAUCGCUGCUUCUGCAAAGAAUUCGCCUCCUGGUCUGGCAGGUGUUAGUCGCCCCCGAAUUCUGCAGCAACCUACUGAAUUGGUUGGAAGUCAUUUGCUGGCAUCUACAUUAUCGCAUAUCUCUAAAGCUGUAGCAGCUUCUACUUGGGUCACGCGAGGUUGGACAUACCAAGAGGCGGUCCUUUCCGAGAGGUGUUUUUUUUUUACAGACGAGCAAGUGCAUUUUCUGUGCAGAUGUUCGACUUCCUGCGAGUCUAUUGCUGCGUCUCCAAAGGCAGUUAUAUCGUCCCCUAUAAGGGCAAGGACUAGGAAUGAUGCAUGGAGCGUUAAUGAAACAGCUGCUGGCCAAAACCUAACCGGCUUGUGGGACUUUUUCGACACCUUGCAUCAUUACAAAAGCCGGGAUUUGACGUAUGAGUCUGAUUCUCUGAAUGCUUUUCAGGGACUGCUAGCAAAGUCGAGCUUUAGGAACAUCUGGGGGGUGCCAAUUGCUUGCGAUCCCGAUCGAGAAGAAGCCGCCCUCUCUAUUGGCUUUGCAAGAGGACUUUGGUGGGAGAAUCCAGGAAACAACUGGAGCGAUGUUCUGAAAGCUGAAGAAACGUACGUUUCAUAUACUCGACGUCCUAGUUUCCCAAGCUGGUCAUGGGCUGGUUGGGGUGGUCCAACUCGGCCGCAUAAAUAUUGUGGUGAUAAGUCCUCUGAUACUGGCUGCAACGAGGUGGACGAUGAAUCCUUCGAUAUACAGUUUUGGGUUGAGCUCACAUCUGGCGAACAGAUUUCUCUGAGUGAAUUUUGUCACUUGACCAAAAAAUCAAGCCAGGUUCCUCAACUGUCUCACAUUUUACACAUCGAAACAGAAAUACACAAAGUAAGAAUUCGUCGCCAUCCGCACCAUCCAAAGUCUAUGGCUUGCAUUUGCGAUUGUCCACUAGACUACAAUCGAUGCAAUAAAAAGAAAAAGCAUAUGACGUCUACUCACAACGUCCGAUUCUUCGAGGAUCUAAUGAGAAACGAAAGUUUUUCUGACGUCAUCUUCUCUCAGUUCUGGGACGUUAUUCCCCUUUUCACAGCUAAGGAUUCAAAAUAUUCAGUCUCAAUUGCGUCGCUGAUUAUCGACUGGAAUAAAGAGUCAUCCGGUCUUGCUCAAGUUCGAGGGGUUGCAUAUCUUCACAGGAGAUUAUUUUUAGGUACUAGGCGCCUUAAGUUUCGGCUAACAUGAAUGCUCUAUGCUAUAAUGUCUCCUCCGUAUCAAGUUCAGCUUUUUCUGCAUAGUUAUGUUAUACGAAGUUAAUAUUAUGUAGACAACUUUAUAUAUACCGCCAACUUUAGAUCUGCUGCAUAGAUG